CUGAGCACAGACCAGCUAUUUGCUUUGCAUGGAAAAGCAGCAUUGAGUUUAAACUUUGAAGUCCGAUUAAAAGCAUCUAAUCACAAGGGACUGCUCAUUUUCGGGGCUAUGAAGCUGGUUGUUGGGUUAGCAGUGUUGUGGAUGUGGGUUGCAGAGGCUGUGGAAAACUGCCCCACUGCUUGUAAAUGCACCCAAAAAUCCAGUGUGGAAAAAACUGAAGUCAACUGUCAAAAGAGAGGACUCAGGAGUGUUCCACCCCAACUCCCUCAGGACUCAUGGAUCCUAAAAUUUGGUGAAAAUUUACUGCAGGACAUCCCAGCCAACAUCCUGACCUCUGUCCCAAAAAUCGAGAGUGUAAACUUAGAGCGAAACUCAAUCAAGUCAAUACAUCCUCAAGCAUUUGCUGGUGCCCAACGACUGAUGCUUCUUAACCUGCAAGGAAACCAAAUGUCCAAACUCCCAGUGAAAGUUUUCAAAGACCUCCUAAACCUACGUUUCCUCAUGCUGGGUCAGAAUCAGAUAGCAAGUUUGAAACCUACCAUGUUCUUUGGCAUGAGGAACCUAUCAGACCUAGAUCUACCCUUGAAUUCCCUCACUGCUCUCCCAGAAAAUGCAUUCAAACCGCUGAUUGCCCUCAAAGUGCUGGACCUAGCCUUAAACCACAUCGAAAGGAUCUCGCCAAAAGCCUUUGUUGGACUUGAAGAGCUACUUUUUCUCAACUUGGACAACAACAAGAUAAAGAAUAUCCAAGAUGGAACCUUUGGGCCUCUGACUGGUCUUGAGAUGCUGGUGCUUGACAACAAUUUGCUCUCCACACUUACACCAUCCAUGCUACAAGGACUUUCCAACCUGCAAGAGCUAUAUAUCAGAAAGAAUGCGAUUGAGAGUCUGCCAGCUGAUGUGUUCCGCUACACACCAAAACUUACUCAUGCAGGCUUAAGUGGGAAUCGGCUUCAUACAGUUGAUGGCAACAUGCUAGCCAACAUGCAAGGAUUGAAGCAAUUGUAUCUGGAUGACAACCCAUGGAAGUGUGACUGCAAUAUCAACUCCUUGGUACAUUACAUAUCCCAGACUAAGGCUAAUCAGGCUUUGCAAAGACUCCGGUGCACUAGCCCAGAAGAAUUUCGUGAUAGGCCCAUCCACCAUCUGAAGUCUGAGGAACUUCCCUGCAGAGCCUAGAAAAACCAUAUAUCUGAAUCAUAUCACGGACGACCUCCAAAAGUUAGAAGCACAGCGUAAUAACAGCAUGAUACUUUCAGCGAUUUGGUGGUACUUCACAUGACUCCAAACACAAUGACUUUGACAGGUUAAUGAUAGCGGUGCUGUUCUGAGAAUAAUCAUAAUUUUCACCCACACCAGUCGACUAGUUUCAGACCACCUGGAGAGCCUCACCCACCACAGUACAUUCUACAAAAAUAAGAGAGGAAUGUGCAUUUGUUAUUCAUAAUAGAGAUGAAAUCUCAUUUUUGUUUUGUUAAAGUAUAUUUUAUAUUUCACAUUAUUCCUCAUU